AUGGUUGACGAUGACCAAAUAUUGAGCAGAGAUCGACGACGACGAAGAACGAAGGCAUCAGUGGGCGUCAGCUUCAACAUCCAGCAUAAGCAACAGCAACAGCAAUAUCACAAGGAUGCAUGCAAAGCAACUAUAUCAAAUAAAAAUACCACGACUAACGAGAACGAUACAAGACAUGACAAUAACGUACAACAAACGAACACCUCCGAAUCAGUACCAAAUCAACCAGCUGUUAUUCAAGCAUCACCAGAAUCGUCACCAACACCAGCAUCUACCAUACCAACACCAGCAUCUACCAUACCAACACCAGCACCUACCACAUCAUCACCAGCCAUUACGUAUACACCACCGGAAGUGUCAACAUCACCAAAACCUAAAUCAAGCAGCCAACCAAUCGCUCAUCAAUCCUCUGCACCAGCAAGCCCAAGGCGGUCUAAGAGAACGAGAAGAGCACCAAACCGUCUCGACUUGUAA